AUGGGGAAGAUGAACGACAGCGGACCGGUCGUCAAGGAUCUCGUUCUUAUCGGCGGUGGUCACAGCCACGUCUACGUUCUGAAAAUGCUCGGUAUGAACAAGCUGCCGGGCGUGCGCGUUACUCUCGUGGCCAAGGAGGUUAACACUCCCUACAGCGGAAUGCUGCCUGGGCACAUUGCUGGCCACUACACCUGGGACGAAUGUCACGUCGACUUGAGGCCCCUGUGCACUUUUGCUGGGCAUCGAUUGAUCCACGACGAGGCCGUGAGCAUAGAUCUGGAGAACAAACGAGUCAUCCUGAAGGACCGCCCUUCGAUAUCCUACGACGCACUCUCCAUCGACAUCGGCAUCACGCCUGCCAAGGCUGUUCAGGGAGCUUCCGACUACACAACACCCGUCAAACCCAUCUACGGGUUCGGAGAGCGUUGGGAAGCGCUAUUGGACAGAGUUCUCUCGACGACCGCGCAGACCAGAGUGGCUGUGGUGGGGGGCGGAGCCGGUGGAGUCGAACUCGCUCUUGCAAUGCAACACCGGCUGCAGGUGGAGCUUGAAAAGGCUGGACAGUCAGCUGACCGCGCCAGUUUCAAGCUGAUCACUCGCGGGAAGCUCAUGCCCACGCAUGCGAGUUCGAUUCGUAAAACUUUUCUGCACAUAUUUCACGAUAGGGGCAUCGAAGUUAUCGAGGAGGACGGCGUGGAGUCCGUCUUGAAGGGUGAAGUGGUUCUCUCGAGUGGUCGAAAAGUUCCUGCGGAUGAGUGCAUCUGGUGUACCCAAGCGGCACCCCAAAGUUGGCCCGGAGAGGCUGGGCUUGAGACUGACAACGGGUUCAUCAAGGUAUCUGCAACUCUGGAAUCGACUAGCCAUUCUGGGGUUUUUGCCGCGGGAGAUGUCGCCUCCGUGGUUGGUCAUCCGCGCCCAAAAGCAGGAGUGUUUGCAGUGCGCCAGGGCCCUCCACUGCACGAUAACCUCCGCCGCUAUUUACUCGGAGAGAAACUGGUAGACUUCAGUCCUCAGAAGGUGUUUCUCGGACUCAUAAGCACCGGUUCAAAACACGCCGUGGCUUCGUACGGUUCCGUAAGCUUUGGUGGGGCGUCAUCAACGGGGGCAAUGCUCUGGAAGUGGAAGGACCACAUCGAUAGGAAGUGGAUGAAGAUGUAUCAAGAGAUGCCAGUGAUGGCAUCCCCAGAGCCUGAUGUAUCGGAGGUUGCGCUCGCGGCUGGUCCUGCAACCAUCGCCGCCCUGCAGGCUGUCCCCAUGCGUUGUGGUGGUUGUGGAGCGAAGGUUGGGGCCAGCGUACUUAGCCGAGUGAUGGCCCGCCUCAACAUUCCGACUCGCCCUGAGGUUGAAGUCGGACUUGACCAGCCGGACGAUGCGGCCGUCAUUACGGUUCCACCAGGAAUGGUCGCUGUGCACACCGUCGAUUUUUUUCGUUCUUUCGUAGAUGAUCCGUACAUCUUCGGUCAAAUAGCGGUUGUGCACGCGUUGGGUGACUGCUGGGCCAUGGGAGCUGAGCCACACGCCGUCCUCGCGAUCGCGCAGGUGCCGUACGGUCUUGAGUCUCAGGUUGAGGACGAGCUGUGGCAGAUGAUGUCUGGAGCCACGGCGGUCCUCGAGGAAGUUGGAUGCGCUCUGGCGGGAGGACACAGCUGUGAGGGUGCAGAGCUGGCCUUGGGAUUUUCAGUGCACGGAGUGGCCAAGCGAGAAAAACUGAUGAAAAAGGGAGGUAUGAAACCAGGCCAAGUUCUCAUUGUCACCAAACCUAUCGGCACGGGCACGCUGUUUGCUGCAGAUAUGCGUGCAAAAGCUGAGGGAAGAUGGGUGACCAAAGCACUGGACAGUAUGCGAAAACCCAGUGCGGUUGCUGCUCAAUUACUGGUCGAGCAUGGCGCCAAGGCAUGCACCGAUGUAACUGGAUUUGGCCUGCUCGGACACCUUGUAGAAAUGUGCAAAGGUGCAAACUUGGCUGCAGUUUUGGACCUUGACGAAAUUCCGGUGUUGGAUGGAGCAGAAGAAUGCUUGAAAAUGGGAAUAACCUCAUCGCUUCAACCUGCAAAUGUUCGAUUGUCGAGGGCUGUUGCUAAUCAAGAUGGAAUCGCGAAUAAUCCCAGAUAUCCGCUGAUUUACGAUCCACAAACCGCAGGCGGUAUGCUAGCUGCAGUGCCGAAAGAAAAUGCGGAAGCUUGUAUCGAGGCUCUUCGUCAGGCUGGUUAUCCUUCAACUUGCGGGAUUGGCGAAAUCAUCGAGCAUUUACCCGCGGUAGCCACCGCGCCAGAACAGGUCGUUUUUGUUCAAGAUGCACAGAACCAGUUCUCCGCCUCCGGAGAAAGCAAGGAGCGAGUUCGUCCCAUCGAUUUGAACAACUGCGAGACCGGAACAUGCGAGAUUCCGAUCAGCAAAAAGCAAAAGGCAAAGUAG